AUGAUACUCACUGCUGCAAGCGAAUAGGCUAUAGUGAGAGAUAAGAAAAUGGAAAAUCCAGCUAUAAAUAGCUUACUUUAAUAAUAACGAUUUAAUUUAAACAGGAAGAAAAUAGAGGCAGCAAUACAAAGUAAUAUAGCGACUGAACUAAUGAUUACAAUUAUUUAAACAGGCUAGAAAUAAUAAUCUGAAUUAAGUUAGCCUGAUGAAACUAUACAUAGUAUAGCUGCUACUGUAGCCAACAACGUUAGUACAUAAAACAUGAUUAUCAAAUUUUUAGACUAUUUUUUGAAGGUAUCAUAUAGAAAUACUUCAGAUGAUCCUUAAACUAGCUAAUUGUUAUCCAUUUUAUUAAUCCUAAAUAUUAUUUUGAAGAAAAUUAAAUGUUUUUGUUUAUUAUACUUAAUAAAAAAAAGGAAAUAAAAAAUAUAUUGUUGGAGAUAAUGUUAAGCUAAAUACAUAAAUCUAUAUUUUCACUCAAUUAAAGAUUUACUAAUUAUUUAUGGUUAAUUACAGGCUAAGCGAAUAAGUAUAAGCAUUUAAUAAAAAUAAUUGAAAUUUUGA